AUGACUUUAAAAGUCUAUACAAGCCUUUUGACCUUAUUCUUGGUAAAUUCUGUGUGGACUCGAACUGUGAGACAAGUUUAUGACGAGCUGGAUCCUGAGCAUUGGUCUCACUACACUUUUGAGUGCCCACGAGAGUGCUUUUGUCCUCCUAGUUUCCCCAAUGCAUUAUACUGUGAUAACAAAGGACUUAAGGAAAUACCUGCAAUCCCAGCACGAAUUUGGUACCUCUAUCUUCAAAACAAUCUAAUUGAAACAAUUUCGGAGAAGCCUUUUGUGAAUGCCACUCAUCUGAGAUGGAUAAAUCUGAACAAGAAUAAGAUCACCAACAGUGGAAUUGAGAGUGGUGUGCUGAGCAAGCUCAAAAGGCUGCUUUAUCUAUUCCUUGAAGAUAAUGAAUUGGAAGAGGUGCCUGCCCCAUUACCAGUGGGUCUGGAACAGCUAAGACUGGCUAGAAACAAAAUAUCCAGAAUCCCAGAAGGAGUCUUCAGCAACUUGGAAAACCUUACUAUGUUAGAUCUGCACCAGAACAGUUUGUUGGACAGCGCUCUUCAAAGUGACACCUUCCAAGGACUCAACAAUCUUAUGCAACUCAACAUAGCAAAAAAUUCACUCAAGAAAAUGCCUUUAAGCCUUCCAGCUAACACACUGCAGCUGUUUUUGGACAACAACUCCAUUGAAGUGAUACCAGAAAACUACUUCAGUGCAAUACCCAAAGUGACUUUCCUUAGGCUGAACUACAAUAAAUUAUCUGAUGAUGGUAUUCCCCCAAAUGGGUUUAAUGUUUCAUCUAUUCUAGAUCUACAGCUGUCUCACAACCAGCUCACUAAAAUUCCACCAAUCAAUGCUCAUCUCGAACACCUUCACCUUGAUCACAACAGAAUCAAAAGUGUCAAUGGUACUGAAAUAUGCCCAGUCUCAAUUGCCGUAGCAGAAGACUAUGGUUUUUAUGGCAACAUCCCUCGCCUCCGAUACCUUCGCCUGGAUGGAAAUGAAAUUCAACCUCCAAUCCCAUUGGACAUCAUGAUAUGUUUCCAACUACUUCAAGCUGUUGUCAUAUAA